AUGUGUGGGAUUUUCUUUUCUUUAUCGUCUGAAACCACACUACCAACCCAAGAGACACUUACUCUACUGGAGAAGCGAGGCCCCGACAGCUGCCAAACGCACACUGUGUACAAGGAGAUCCCAACACCAGAUGGACCCCACACUUUGCACCUCACCUUCAUCUCGACUGUGCUCGCAUUGCGAGGAGACCAUGUUUACAAACAACCACUUAUAGAUCCAGCCACCAAGUCAGUGCUCUGCUGGAAUGGGGAGGCUUGGAAGAUCGCGGGGGAAAGAAUAUCGGGGAAUGAUACCGAGCACGUCUUGAACCUGUUUAUACAGGCUGUGGCUGGCGAUGAUGAUAGAAAUGCCGCCGCUCAUAGACUGGGUAAGGCGGUUGCAAGCAUAUCCGGACCAUUUGCCUUUGUUUUCUACGACGCGACGAAUUCACGACUCUUCUUUAGCAGAGACUGCCUCGGCCGAAGAUCUCUUCUACAAGGAUAUGAAGAAAAUGGGACCCUGAAGAUAUGCAGUUUGUGUGAUGGGUCUUCCUCGGUUUGUUUUGAGGAAGUAGGAUUUGAUGGCGUUUACAUGAUUGAUCUUGCAACGUAUCGUGAUUCGUCCGCGUCCAAUGAUCGAUAUAAGAUUGAGACCCUGCCAUGGAGCUCUGACUCCGUACCACCAGUAGGCCAUAUUAAGAAUCCCAUUCCGCCGAUGAAUAUGGAGGUCCCAUCACAGCAGCCACCUCCAUUGACAUUGGACACCGUCUUUGUCCAGGAGCUUGAAUCAAAACUUCGCCAGUCUCUCGCAUUGAGGAUUGACGAUGUGCCAGAGCCACCGGGUUAUAUCCAAGGGCAAAGCGCCAGAGUCGCUGUACUCUUUUCGGGUGGCCUGGAUUGUACACUCCUUGCACGACUUUCUCAUGACAUUCUCCCGCUCGAGGAACCCGUCGACCUUUUGAACGUCGCUUUUGAGAACCCUCGAGUGGCAGCAGCAGCAGCAGCAGCAGCAGCAUCUGCAAACCGACAGACUCUCUCCUCACCAUCCCCCAUCUCAACAUAUGAAGCUUGCCCCGACCGAAUCACCGGCCGCUCGGCUUACAAUGAGCUACAACAAACAUGCCCUGGUCGCAAAUGGCGUUUUAUUGCCAUCGAUGUACCUUAUACCGAAACUCUCGCACAUCGAGACACCGUCAAACGUCUCAUGAGACCACACAACACGGAGAUGGACUUGUCCAUCGCUUGUGCCCUAUACUUUGCCUCAAGAGGUCAAGGCACAUUUCAUGACAGCCAUGCAGAACAGAAGCCCCCAAUUAACAAUGACGCAAAUACCUACACCAGUUUUGCGCGUGUUCUACUAUCCGGUUUAGGCGCCGACGAACUAUUUGCGGGUUAUGGGCGACAUGGCGUUGCAUUUAACCGCAGUGGAUUUGACGGACUUGUCUCCGAGAUUCACUUGGAUGUUAGCCGUCUUGGGCAAAGAAAUUUGGGUCGUGAUGACCGUAUCCUUUCCCACUGGGGACGAGAGACCCGCUUCCCUUACCUGGACGAAGACUUUGUGGCAUGGGUACUUCGUGCUCCAGUGUGGGUGAAAUGUGGAUUUGGCCUUGCUUCUCUAAGUGAAGAUCACAAUGCCAGUGGGUCAAUAGUAGGUAUUGAUGCAGAGAAAAUGGCCCUUCGGCUUGUGGCACUUCGGCUCGGGCUACGCAAUGUCGCACGUGAGAAGAAGCGCGCCAUUCAGUUUGGAGCUCGUACUGCUAAGAUGGAGAAGGGCCGGACAAAAGGUACUGACGCUCUCAGUUGA